UAGGCCUGCAGUAUGAAUAGCAUGAUGCGCAUCAUCGAAGCAAAGUUGAACCGUGGGAUCUUUGUAUCUACACAAAUAAUAUUUGGCCACACGGAGAUUAAAAAAGGGGGAGAAUGGUAACGCCUGGUGAAUAUUAAUAGCAAAUAGCAAUUCCAAAGAAGAAGCAUCGCUGAACUGACAUUUAAAUGAUCGACAUCUUCGAAAGUCAACAAAGACCUCUAGAUAGGCCAUCGAGAUAACACUCUACCCCGUAUCAGUAGUUCCCACCUCACCACAUUAUAAGUUGAAAGCAAUGGUGCCUAUGAAGAUGCAAGAAUGGUUAGCCGGACCAACAUUCUUCGUUCACGACGUCGUAGACGAUACACCAUACCUCGAGGGCUCUCUCACCCCCCCAGCAGAAACCAAGCGUAAGAGAACGAGCAAGCCCAAGGUUAGAACGGGGUGCAUCACAUGCAAAAUCCGACGUGUAAAAUGCGACGAGACAAAACCAGCCUGCACGCGGUGCUCCAGCACGGGGAGGAAAUGUGACGGGUAUGAUGGCAAUGCUCCUCUACGGCGGAAGAAAUCGAAAUCGCCCUCGCCACCCUCAAUCACCAUCUGCCCCUCCGAUAUCACCAUUUCGCAAAGAAAAGACCACCACCACAAAGCAGCAGCAACAAGACCGCACCACGAACCAGGCCAGCACGUCUUCUCCGUAGCGUCAUCUCAUGAUAACCGUCGAAGCAGCAGUGGCAACAGUAGUAAUAAUUCCUCCUCCCAACCACGCCCCCUACGCCCCCUAGCAGCCGACAUACCCUCCACGCCCCAAGAACGGGAAUUCUUCCACCGAUUCUGGCUCGCCGCCGACCACGGACUGCAGCCGCCAGCCAUCCACGUACCCGGGGUCGAGCCCGGGUUCUGGCUCCGGCUCGCGGCGCAGCUGGGGAGUACGGACCGCGCGGUGCGACACGCGCUGAUCGCUCUGGGUGCCGCGUACGAAAGCAUACAGCAGCAGCAAAAACAGCAGCAGCAGCAGCAGCAGCAGGAGCAGUGGAUAUACCCUACUGCCACCACCACCUCCACCUCCACCUCCACUUCCUCGCCCUUGCCAACCCCUUCCUCAAGCAUCUCAUCCUCAACCUCCAUCGACAACCCAGAGCUCUUCACAAUCCAGCAAUACAACCUCUCCAUCUACCACCUCCAGCGCCACGUGCAACCGGGAGCACCACUCUCAAGCGUUGAGGUGACGCUCGUCUGCUGCCUAGUCUUUGUCUGCAUCGAGACGUCGCGGUGCAACGACGAUGCCGCGCUCGCGCAUGUGGUAAAUGGUUUGCAGAUCAUUAGAGGGCUACCGCCUGAUAACAGCAACAGUACGACCACCACCACAAGUACGGCGGCAAUGGCCCGCGAGCAUAGUAUAUCGCGCGCAGACUGGCAGCAGCUCCUCGGCUUCUUCCUCGUCCUCGGGCCCAGUGCCGAGACAUAUAUACUCGGCGAUAGCAGCAGUAGUGGUGGUAUUAGCGGCAAUGGUAACAGCCUGCCCACAACCUCCUAUUACCCAUUUAUGGGGCGCGGAGUCCCCUCUCAUUGUAAAUUUCGAUGGGAUGAUAUCAUAGCAGGAGAUUGCUGAAGAGAAAGGGGGGGGUGGGGUGUGGAAGGCAUUUAAACGCCAUAGCUGCGAUGGGAGAGGACAAUACCUGUUACAAAGUAUCCAGAGACUCUUUCUACGUACCAGUAAUAUAUUCCGUAUUACUACCUAAUGCCUAACGAACGCCUACCUACCAAGCGCAAAGGGUAUUCUGACGUUGGAAUAAAAAAAGAAA